UUGCGACUUUUGAUGAGAGAGUGAACACGUCCCGGACAGUGGGGAUACUGUGUUUUUAGUAUGCUCUGCGAUCCACUACUGCAUGAUACGAAAGCCUAACUUUUUUCAUCAAGAUAAAUGCACCAGUAGUAAAAGGGGUGUCCUGUGAGGACUAGCUAGAGGUGAAGUGGGCGUGGUUUGCCCCGUAACCAUGACCAUGUCUUUGCGGGAGACGGUGUCCCUUCCUUCCAUUGGUCUACUCCUUCUCCUCCUCUCCCUGCCACUCUGUCUAUGCCAGCAGCCGUUGGUCAACUUCGAGAGCCGGCCCCCACCCCCGCCCGAGUGUACCAGGAAGGUUCAUCCCAUCGUCCCAUACAAAGCAUUGAAUCCCUGGAUGUCACAGUUCUCUUACCCCGGGGUGAAGGACUUUUCCCAGCUGGCCCUUGACCUGACCAGAAACCAGCUAAUUGUGGGAGCCAGAAAUCACCUCUUCAGACUGAGCCUUAGCAAUGCUUCUCUCCUACAGGCAGUAGAAUGGGGGCCAGACGAUGACACCAGACGAUCUUGUCAAAGCAAAGGAAAGACUGAGGAUGAGUGUCAGAACUACAUCCGGGUCCUGCUCAUCACCGGUCGGCGGAUCUUCACCUGCGGAACCAACGCAUUUACCCCCGUCUGCACGACCCGACAGAUCGGGAACCUCAGCAGGGUGUUGGACACGGUGAACGGGGUGGCGAGGUGCCCUUACGACCCGCGUCACAACUCCACUGCCAUGGUGACGGAGAAGGGGGAGCUGUACGCCGCCACCGUCAUUGACUUCUCGGGUCGCGACCCUGUGAUUUAUCGUAGCCUUGGCAACAUGCCUCCGCUCCGCACCGCCCAGUACAACUCCAAGUGGCUCAAUGACCCCCAUUUUGUCUCAGUUUACGAGGUGGGACUCUUCACGUAUUUCUUCCUGAGGGAGAACGCGGUCGAACACGACUGCGGUCGGACCGUGUUCUCCCGGGUGGCCCGGGUCUGCAAGAACGACGUGGGCGGCCGCUUCCUGCUGGAGGACACGUGGACCACGUUUAUGAAGGCGCGCUUGAACUGCUCGCGCUCAGGAGAGAUCCCGUUCUAUUACAACGAGCUGCAGAGCACCUUCUAUCUGCCCGAGCAGGACCUGAUCUACGGGAUAUUCACCACCAAUGUAAACAGUAUCUCCGCGUCUGCCGUGUGUGCGUUCAACCUGAGCUCCAUUAUCCAGGCCUUCAACGGGCCCUUCCGCUACCAGGAGAACCCCCGUACCAGCUGGCUUUCCACCCCUAACCCCAUUCCCAACUUCCAGUGUGGCACCCUGGAGGAGCGGGGCCCAGGGGAGAACCAGACGGAGCGCAGCCUGCAGGACGCCCAGCGCCUCUUCCUCAUGUCAGACGUGGUGCAGCCCGUCUCCACUGAUCCCCUCCUGGCCCAGGACAACAUCCGCUUCUCCAAGCUGGUGGUGGACAUCGUGCAGGGCCGCGACACCCUCUACCAUGUCAUGUACAUCGGCACGGAAUACGGCACAAUCCUGAAAGCCCUCUCCACGACCAAUAAGAGCAUGCGGGGGUGUUAUUUGGAGGAGAUGAGGCUCCUCCCCGAGGAUGAGACUGAGCCAAUCAGGAGCCUGCAAAUCCUCCACAGCGAUAGGUCGCUGUUUGUGGGGCUGAAAGACAGGGUUUUGAAGAUUCCACUUGAAAGAUGCUCCGGCUACAAAACAGAGCGCCACUGCCUGGAUGCCAGAGACCCCUACUGCGGUUGGGACCGUAAGCAGAAGCGCUGCACGACAAUAGAGGACAGCUCCAACAUGAGCCAGUGGAGUCAGAAUAUCACUGAGUGUCCGGUACGGAACCUGACCCAGGACGGCGGCUUCAGCCCCUGGGCACCAUGGCAACCGUGUAACCACGACGACGGCGAGGGCGCCGGCACCAGCUGUGUGUGUCGCUCGCGGUCCUGCAACAGUCCUAUCCCGCAAUGUGGUGGAUCCAACUGCAACGGCCCCGUCAUCCAGGUGGCCAACUGUUCCAGGAAUGGAGGCUGGACUCCGUGGUCGUCCUGGGGUCAGUGCAGCACCAGCUGUGGCAUCGGCUUCGAAGUGCGCCAGCGCACCUGCAACAACCCCUCACCGCGGCAUGGGGGACGCGUAUGUGUAGGACAGGGCAGGGAGGAGAGGCUGUGCAAUGACAAGAGCCCAUGCCCGCUGCCUGUAGUCUGGACCUCUUGGGGUUCCUGGGCUAAGUGCAGUGCCGAGUGUGGAGGAGGGGUCCACUCCAGAGUCAGGACCUGUGAGAAUGGGAACACCUGCCCGGGUUGUGCUCUGGAAUACAAGGCCUGUAACUUGGAGGCUUGUCCCGAGGUCCGCCGCAACACCCCCUGGACCCCUUGGAUGCCGGUGAAUGUGACCCAGGAUGGGGCCCGCCAGGAGCAGAGGACCCGCUACACCUGCAGAGCCCUGCUCCCAGACCCACACCAACUGCAGCUGGGAAAGAAGAAGGUGGAGACCCGUAUCUGUCCCAACGACGGCACUGCCACCUGUGAGACCGAUCCUCUGGUUGAAGACUUGGCAAAGAUCAAUGGCGGAGCUGGCGGUCGACCUUUGAGCCGGCAACUAAGUGGCAGCCGGUGGUCGCAGUGGGAGACGUGGUCAACCUGCUCCCAGGAGUGUGCCAAAGGCUUCCGCACCCGCAAGCGCACUUGCGGCAACCCUGACAAGAGCUCCCCCAGUGUCUGCAACGGGUCCCCAGUGGAGUACCAGGACUGCAACGCCCAGCUCUGCCCAGUGAAAGGAGCUUGGUCGUGUUGGUCGUCAUGGUCUCACUGCUCUGCCACCUGUGGUGGUGGGCACUACCAGCGUACCCGCACCUGUAGCAACCCUGCCCCUGCCAACGGCGGAGAUAUCUGCAUCGGUCUGCACACCGAAGAGGCCCUAUGCAACACCCAAACGUGUGAAGGUGGUUGGCUGGUUUGGUCGGAGUGGGGGGAGUGUGACGAGGAGGGGCGGCAGGGCCGAAGCAGGGAGUGUGCGGACCGGGAGGCUGUCCCCAGCCAAUGUCAAGGCAACAGCACAGAGAACCGGCGCUGCCAGCCCCACGAGGUGCCAGUCAUUCUACCUGGACAGAAUAAGAACCAGGGCUGUGGGACCUUCUCUCUGGUCCACCUGAUGGCCACGGGAGCGUCAUGCUUCUUUGCGGCGGUGGGGCUGUCGGUCCUGCUGUAUGCUUACUACCAACGGGUCCACAAGCCCCCCCAGGAGUCGGCCGUCAUCCACCCGACCACGCCGAACCACCUCAGCUACAAGGGAAACACCACACCAAAGAACGAGAAGUACACCCCUAUGGAGUUCAAGUACAGCAACUCAGCUCAAGGAGAGGAAGUAGACUGGACCAAGUGGAAUGCUGGGAGUUGGAGUCUUAUGAGAGAGCUGGGCUGUAGCAGCCUUGUGGUCCAAUAUGGAGAUUCACUACUUGUGGAAUCUGUCAGAAAACUGUAGUUCAUGGUUGACUGUGAAACCAUGCCAUAUGAAAUAUCAAAACGAUCUACAGACUUCACAUUUGAUCAAAGGUAAAUACAGAAGGACACGCUGUUGCCUAUUCAGGCUAUUCUCCUCUAUGAAUACCAGAGUCAAUCAUUCCCAAAGGACUCUGUACAUGCUGACUAAGACAGUUUGUAUUUCUGAAAAUCGACUUCAUGAAAUCGCUAGUAUUUCAGUCAGCUAAAUGCAAAACUUUGCGACAAUAAUGGGCACACUAUUUUGUCCUGCUCCUGCUUCCGCUCUUGCUUUUUCCAGCCUCUGUUUUGACACAUUUGUGAGGAUAUACCCUCCAUAAUCGUUCAGGUGCGCCCACAGUUCUGGAUAACAAAAUGGGAAAGAGGGAGUGGGGGCUGGUUUUUCAACAGGGUGGUCCGAGAACAGUGUGGGAAGACUCCCAAAUGCCCUGACGGGAUUGUCAGAACGAGGACACUGUGUAGGGAACAGGAUGCUGAACCUGCCGUAUCAAUGGCCUGUUAAGAGGAUAACAUCCCAUAAGUAUCUGCACCCAAAAAUGAAAAUGCAUGCAAUGACAAGACUCUGCAGUAGCUGCCACCGUCACCCCCUUCAAUUGGAUGAAUUGAUUAGUCUAAUUGGGAACGUGGUAGAGUUUCUGGAUAACAAAGCCUAAUGUGAAGCAGGACAAAUACAUCGGAAACAAAUCAACGUUUGGGAGCGCCCUAAGGGAGGCCCUUUUUCAUUAUCGUGUGUUUGUCGUGUUGCGAUGAUGAAAUGCGUGCUGCACAGUAUGCAUGACUGCAGAUAAGGACAUAACCUGUAUCUAAAUACUGCUUCACGGAGCACUGCUUUCACUCGAUUACAUUUUUGCAAUCAUCUGCAAAAGAUAGUCCCACUAGCUACGGAAUCUGAUAUUGUGCGCGCGCGUGGACGCAUGCCUUUGUAUGCGAAGAAUUGUUAUAUUUGUUACUAUAAACAUUGAGAGUAUCAUUGUGAAAGUAGUGAGUAUCCCCUAUCACUUUAAAGUUCUUCAUGGUUUACAUACGUGAGACAAAUACACGUUAUAUCUUUAAAUGACGCUGGGCCUUGUGUACUGUAAAUGUUCUCUACCUAUUCAUUCUUUAUUUGAGGAAUACAAAGUGCUGUGUCUCUGAAAACUGCAAAGCUCAAGAAUUAUUUUGUUCAUAGAUGUUGUUCCAUGCUAGGGCCAAUGAAACCUUAUGUUAGUAUGGUGUGUAAAAUGUAUACUGUAUAGGUGUUUUUUUUUUAAGCUUCUAGUUGUAAAAAUGCGUAUGUAUGUGAAUACAAAGACAGAGACGGAGGUUUGAUACUCUAAGGUGUGUUUAGUCAGAUUUGAGUUUUUCUCCAACCUAGAUUCCCCGUAGCUUGAGUGCAACCAUGUUUGUUCUAUCAAGCCAGCUUAUCAUGCAAACUUGGUUUGACAAUGACCAGUGACAUUGGCAAGAGCACAAACAAACCUGGGACCAGGCUAGAUGUUCUGUAUCCCUGUAAUGUAGAAAUGUAGCCACACAGAUGUUAAGCUAUCAUGGUGUCUAUUAGCCUCAAAUGUCAAAAUUAGUAUCCUCAUUUCAGUGGGUGAAAGGUGCUGUGUGUGUGUGUAUGCUUGUGAGAUUGCAAUUUUUUAUGAACAAAAAAAACAGAUAUUACUGUACAUUCAUUGUUGUGGACACUCACCGGACACCCUCACUUUGUGUCAUCGUGAUUGGACGUAUACUACUGUUGCAUGUUGGAAAAAACACCAAUCAGUGGGCUCGGGACCAUAUUAUGCAAUCAACCAGGUGGUGGUGUCAGAUGGGUAUUGUAGUCCUGCUCACAAGUUAUUGCUAUUUGACACGACUACAAACGUGGCUGUUGGAUAUGGGAAUUUAGGGCUUUGUCCAAUCUUUAUCGCUAAAGUGUUACAGAUUGUGAGAUAAAAAUUUAAAUUAAUUUCUAAUUGAGCUGACAUUCUGUACCAAAAAAAUUAGAAAAAUCUAAACUACUUGUGAAAUAUAUUUUUCCAAAUUAUAUAUUUCCAAACACGUAUCUGUUCCAAAUAUAUUUACAAAUGUCUGUCACAUAUUAAAAUACAACAUAAUUCAUACAACAUAUACAUCAGAUGGCAAUUUUUGUGUUUCACACAUAUUCCAAAAUGCAUUUUUUGUAAGGGAUGCAGCAUUUAGCGUGAAUGCAUUCUCUGCAAUACAGAUUGAAUAUAGCCCUUAGACUUUUUAAUCACUGCCUUUUAGACACUGUGAAUUUUUUGGGUACUCUAUAUUUUUGUAUAUUGUACAUUGUAAAAGAAAAUGAAUAAAAAU